AUGACUAAAAGUAGUGAUGCUGCCCUUGUUGCUGCACUUGAGGCUGGUGAUCAUGUUUUUCUGAGGGUCACUCCUUUGACGGGUGUUGGACGUGCUUUGAAGUCGAGAAAGUUGACUCCUAAGUUCAUUGGUCCAUAUCAGAUUUCAGAGAGAGUUGGUACAGUGGCAUAUAGAGUUGGUUUGCCACCACAUCUUUCGAACUUGCACGAUGUGUUUCAUGUUUCUCAGCUUCGGAAGUAUGUGGCGGAUCCUUCGCAUGUGAUUCCAAGGGAUGAUGUACAGGUUAGAGACAACUUGACAGUUGAGACUAUGCCAUUGAGGAUUGAUAAUAGAAAGGUGAAGUCUUUGAGAGGUAAGGAGAUACCUCUUGUGAGAGUCGUUUGGGGUGGAGCGACUGGUGAAAGUUUGACUUGGGAGCUGGAGAGUAAGAUGCGGGAGUCGUAUCCGGAG